UCAUUUGGCUAUAAUUAUGACAUGUAUUGGACCUUUAAUCUUGAAAAACAUUAGGCUAUAUCAGAAUUUGAAAUCGGGUCUCCCGCACCACAGUCGAAUAUUAUUCCACUGUGCCGAUCUACAAAUAUAAUAUUUAUCGUUUUCGAACAAUCUAAUCCAAUUGUUGUAAAACACUUGAGUUUUUUUCGAUGUCGAACUUAGGUUAAACCUGGGGUCGUAUUCCGAACACCAACUUAAGUCAAGUAAGAAACUUCACUUAAAUUGGCUUAAGUCAAGCCAGUCUAAGUAAAAGUAGGAUUUCAAGUUAGAUUAUUAUGAAGUUAUAUUCUCAAUAAAAAACCGCACUAUACUUGUUAACACUUGACUUUUCCUUUUGUUAAAAUACUGACUUCACUUGUACAGUGGGCGUGCCUGGCGUCCAAAAACAAACUCGUGUGUUUCACUGAAAGAAAUCAAACAUUCGUUUCUUUUUCUUUGUAUUUGUAAAAUACUAUUUUAGUUAAUAGUAUGGCUCGGAAAACUGUAAACAAGGGGCCAAGGGAACUGUGGUCUGAGAUAGAAACCGAAACGUUUGUUGACCAAUCCAUCUUAAACAAGAUGUCAUUGAAGGUGCUUUUGAUAGUGGUGUCUCUAGGGAAGCAAAAACUGCUGCAUGGGAAAGUAUAGCACACGUUCUUAGAACAUCCUUUGCUGAAUCUAAACCGAGAAGUGUUGAAGAACUAAAAAAGAAAUGGAAUAAUUUGAAAACGGCAGCAAAGAAAGAUAUUGGGUUAUAUGCCAACUCACUUAAGGGGACAGGGAAGCUGUGAUUCUGAGACUCUUGACGAGGAAGCUUUAAAAUCGCUGUACGACCAAGUUGAACGCGGUGAUGCAAGGCUACAAGAGAUUGAUUUUGAAGUAAAAGACGAAAUUCGGGAAGCACACAAUUCGUCUCCUAUACCAAUGACACCGUUUCCUUUGGCCAUAUGCGAUGGAAGGUCGUCAGGAUUGCCAAUUGCAGCCGUGCCAGUGAUUCCAUCAAAGUCUGCCAUUACGUCAUACUCAGCAACUCCGUCAGGCUCAGCUACUCCAUCAUCAUCAGCAACUCAUUCACGACCAUCUUCUUUAGCCCCUUUUGACGGGAGUGUUGAAAGUAGCAGAAAACGUUCAUCAACCACACAACUAAGCAUGAGGCAGCAGGUUAAAAACGCGAAAUUGAAUGUUUGCUCAUCAUCUGAAAUCAGCAAACUAUCAUGUGAAAGAACAGCGGCUCAAAGUGCUAGUAUUGAUUAUGCAAGCUAGACGUGAACUAGGCGAGCCAUAUGACAAAUCUGAACUUCCUAGUGAUCUUCAUGAUCUUAUUUUCAACUCAAAAGACGAACUGUGAUGUACACAAAUGAAAUCAUUGUAUAAAACAAAAUACGCUGUUUCAAAAUGAAUGUUGUGUGAUGCGUGCUCUUUUAGAAAAUCCUUGGCGACGAAUAAAAGCUUCGUUUUGAUUAC